AUGUCUACACAACCAGCCCCAGAAGCUAAAUCAACUCCUCUUCCACCGCCAACGCCCUCUGAAGGCCCGUCAACAUCAACGCCAUCCAGAAGCAAGAGCCGUCUGUCUGUCGCUGGCCUCCGGAGAUCCGCUACAAAGGCAUUGCAGAGCCAGGAAGCUCAGUCUGGCAAAAAGGUCAUCACUGCCUAUGGAAAGACCCUCGUGGGCAUGAGUCCCAUUUGGCUCAUGGGCGAGGCGUUGACCGGUCGAAAAGUAGGAUCCCAGUUUAGAAGAGGAAAGGGAGAUCUCGUCGCCGCUGCAGAAGAAUUGCGCGGAAUCCUCACCGAUUCUGCCAAAGACAUUCUCGUCGUAGUAGACGACAAACUCAGAACACAAAAGGAUGAAACGGUCAAGACAGCCGAAGUCCUUCGUUCAGCCGGCGAAGACGUAAUCGUCGUUGUGACCUCUUCCCUCCUCGAGUCCAAAUCUCAAUUCGAGAAAAAUGCACCAGGUCUCAAACACACUGUGCUCAAGAAUAGCAAAGACGUCGUCAUUAUCCUCGACAAGGCUAUCAAACAUCCCAUCGUCGUCACAGGAGUCACCAAAUUUGCCAAAUCAAAGGGCAUCCCUCGCCCAGAGGCCAUUCUCACAUUGGCCGCACUCGGCAUCGGCAAACUCGUCAAGAUUGUCGAGGCAGCAGAGGCAGACGCGAAGCGAGAACUAGAGAUAUUGGAAGAAGAGGCGCGAAGAGCGGCAUUGGCUGCAGACCGCGCGACGACGCCCGGUGGUGGCGACAGUGAGAUUGUCGUGGUGGAUGCGACAGAGUUUGAGAAGAAUGCACCCCGCGAGGAGACAAAGGCUGCAGAAGAGAUUGGAAAGAACGCGGCGGAUCCUGCGCCUGGCCAACCUUCCACCUCUGGCGAAUCCUCGAUGCCAGGCGGAUUGCCCGACAAGGGUAAAGGCAAAGCAAAGGAAAAGAAGGACGACGGUUGUGUCAUGAUGUGA